AUGCCUGGCCGUCUACUCUCCAGCUUCGUUCGCCCCUCCCUCUCUCACCACCACUCUCACCAUUCUCCCGUCUCCCACUCCAACUCCUCGUCCUCGUCGUCUGUGAAUGAGAUCCCACCGAAUACUGUGGUCUCCAAGAAGCCAUCCGCUCAUGGUGCGGAAAGAGCCCGUUCACCCGAGCGUCGUCUGUCUUUCGCCGUCGAACACCUCAUCCACCCCCACCGUGAUCACAGCAAGGACAAGCGACGCAGCCAUGGCCGGUCCUCCCGUUCGAAGGAGCGCGCCGGACAAGAGGAAAUUGCCCAUGCUCACGCUAAACUAGACGUCAUCGUCGAAUCCCCGCCACUUGUGUGCUACGGAUCCCCUGCGAACUCCACUGGUGCUCUCUUUUCGGGGCGUCUGAAGAUCAGCAUCUCCGAGCUGGCCGGCAUGGUUACCCUGGACACUUUCGAUAUGCGCCUCAUGAGCAGACUGACGACGAAGAAGCCUGUUUCCAGAGACUGCGCUAACUGCGCAUCGCGCACUGAGGAGCUGACCCACUGGAACUUCCUGACGGAGCCAAUCCACCUCAAGAAUGGCGACCAUGAAUUCCCCUUCAGCUACCUGUUCCCCGGUCAUCUACCCGCCUCCUGCAACGGUUCGCUUGGUCAGGUCGAGUAUUUCCUUUCUGCGCGUGCCCACAACAUCAACGGUGAGGAAUACACCUACGAGAUGCCCGUGCAUAUCAAGCGUGCCAUCCUUCCCGGAAACGACAAGUCCUCCAUCCGCAUCUUCCCUCCCACCAACCUCACCGGCCGCAUCGUUCUUCCCUCUGUGGUGCACCCGAUUGGGACCUUCCCUGUUCAGAUGACUCUGAGCGGAAUUGUGGAUAAAAAGGAAGACACACAGACUCGUUGGCGCCUGCGCAAGAUGAUGUGGCGGAUCGAAGAACACCAAAAGAUCGUGUCCACCGCUUGCACCAAGCAUGCACACAAGAUUGGGGGCGAGGGCAAGGGAGUUCUGCACCAAGAGACGCGCAUCAUCGGCCACAACGAAGAGAAAGAAGGCUGGAAGACUGACUUUGAUACCGCUGGCGGCGAAAUCAGCAUGCAGUUCGAGGCGAACAUCAACCCUUCUUGCAACCCUGUUUGCGAUCUCGAAACCCCCGGUGGCUUGGAAGCGAGGCACAACCUUGUCAUUGAAUUGAUCGUGGCUGAGGAAUUUUGCCCGAACCGGAACCCCAAGCUCAUCACUCCUACUGGAGCAGCGCGCGUGUUGCGCAUGCAGUUCCACCUUCAUGUUACGGAGCGCAGCGGUCUUGGAAUUAGCUGGGAUGAAGAGAUGCCUCCAGUGUACGAAGAUGUGCCUGCCAGCCCGCCUGGAUACACCAUGCUGGACGGCGACAGCAUCAUGGAGGACUAUCACGGAUCCCCCAUUCACCUGCCAGAGUAUGAGCAAUUGGAGCGCAUGGACUCCCUUCGACUGGACAGUGACUCUACUCACUCUUCCAUCCGUGGUCGGUCUCGCCUGACAACCGAUGAUCUGACUGCGGAGCCGACGGUACCUGCAGCCAGCAAUCGAGCGCCGUCUGUCGAUUCUCAAAGCUCAAGACACACGUCACGCUGUCACUUCACCGUCGACUUUCCUUCAUCUAUCUUCUUUUCUUUUUCAACAAACCUGGACUCAACAGAUGUCCAUUCAAAGCCACGCCGCUUACGACGUUACGAUUUUUAA